CCGUGACGGCGGCGCAGGGCCUGGGCCGGGGGCAAUGAGGCUGUCCCGCCGCGGAGCCGUGUAGCGGACACACAGACCCUCCUCCCCGCCCUCUCGAUCGAGCCUGGGGCGCGCGCGCGCGCGGCCGCCCGCCUGCAGCAGGCUCCCCCUCCCUGGACUCCGAGGCCCCGCACGGCACCCCCCACCCGGGCCCGGAGGAUGAUGAAGCUCAAGUCGAACCAGACCCGCACCUACGAUGGCGACGGCUACAAGAAGCGGGCCGCGUGCCUGUGCUUCCGCAGCGAGAGCGAGGAGGAGGUGCUGCUCGUGAGCAGUAGCCGCCAUCCAGACCGAUGGAUUGUCCCUGGAGGAGGCAUGGAGCCUGAGGAGGAGCCAAGUGUGGCAGCUGUCCGGGAAGUGUGUGAGGAGGCUGGAGUGAAAGGGACACUGGGAAGACUAGUUGGAAUUUUUGAGAACCAGGAGAGGAAGCACAGGACCUACGUAUAUGUGCUCAUCGUCACGGAGGUGCUGGAAGACUGGGAGGACUCGGUGAACAUCGGAAGGAAGAGAGAGUGGUUUAAAAUAGAAGACGCCAUAAAGGUGCUGCAGUGUCACAAGCCCGUGCAGGCGUCAUACUUUGAGACGUUGAGACAAGGCUACCCCGCCAACAACGGCACCCCUGUGGUGCCCACCACCUACUCCAGCUCCGUGUCAGGCAUCAGAUGACUGCAGACUUCUGUAAGAGCCGGAGAGUGGAAAGCAGACUGAAGCAUGGCUCUCCUCACCACCCCUCACCUCACGGCCUUCUCUGUCACCCAGGCAUGGCAGGCAGUGGAGAGGGGACACUGAGGUGCUGCUGUGGGCUGUGGCGGGAGGCGGGUGGGUGUGGCACGGUGGGAACUCUUUUCUCUUCCUGAGGGUGGGGCUGGGUUAACUCACAAGCACUUUCCUGCAUGCCCGAUCCUCCCCGAUCGCUCACCCUGCCCUGAGAGGGCACCUCCCUCUCCUUCUUGGGUUCCGAAGCGCUCCCAUUUGUCUCGUCCCGGCCUGGCCAGAUAUUUCCUCUGAUUUUUUUGUUUUUGUUUUGGGUUUUUUUUUUUUUUUUUUUUUUUUUUUUAAAAGACACCCAUGUGAGAUGAAACUUUCUAAAAAUCUGUGCUGUGCUGUUGAGUCCCUUAGGUUGACCAUGCUCCCUCGGGACGCACCUGUCUACACAUUACACACUAUUGUGGGAUACGUAAAUAAGCAGCUUAGAACGAGGGUCUUAACUGUUCGGGUUCUCAACGUUUUGGGUUGUUUUUUUUUUUUUUUUUUUUUUUUUCCUUUUUUUUCCCAGAUAUUUCUGGUUUGAAGCCCCUCCCUCUUCACAUUUGUUUAAUGCUAGUAACUUGGCGGGCUUCCCUGUCCUCUGUUCCCAGCCAUGCCGAGCCUGGCCACCUUGCUCUCACUCCUGGGACCCUGGCCUUCUGUCUCUAGGCUAUUCCUGUGCCAAGGAAAACAGAAGGGAACCUGUUUUCUUUCUGUUACGAAGCCUGGAAAACAGCGAGAGAAACUGAAUUCUGUCUGAUAGGCUCACAGUAGGCUUUAAACUGUCACCCUCAAUGUCACAGAAACUGGGCCGUCAGGCACUGUGUCUGUCCUGCUGGCUGGGGAUUCUUUCUGUAAUGCUAUUUAUUGCUGACAUAGCUUCUCUUACCCUUAUAUGCCUUCCACCACGCUGACCUGGCUGUGGCCCCACGCUCUGCAGCCAUUCUGGAUAGUCCUGUCCCCACGCUGAGAGGCCCCACGAAGUCCUGAGAAUACAUGGGGAGCAGUGUGAGCAUGUAUGUGCCAAGGGGGGACCAAGAGCUCGCUCAAAAGGGACAUUAGCUUUCUGUCUGCCCGGUGUGAGAGGUCAUCUGGGAGAGGGACCCACCGGUGACCCUCUGGCUCCGGUUGGUAUUUUAUAGAGGUUUUGUGCCGAACUCCCCAGCCAGUUGUGGUGGUUAGUUGGGAAGUAAAGGGUCCUGGGAGGGGCCUUGAGCAAGGAGGUCAAGAGGGGAGCUAGGCCUGGCUUAGCGUGGGCACUCGGGACUCUUUGUGGCAUUGCCUAUGUUGAAACGUAGCCAAGAUGUGAAAUGAAAAUAGUACUUCUCUUUAUUUAAAAACUAAUAAAUACUCAAACUUUGAAAAA